CCAUCAACGCGAGGGCGGCCGUCACUCUUGCGUCGUGUGACCAGCACGGUGCGGGAGCCACGCCCGACCCUGUCUGCGGCGCUUGCACUGCGUUGCGUUAUCAUCGGGCGGCCGCAGCGAUUAGCACCUCUGUCGAGCGUCAUCGCCGUCCCGGCUGGUCUCCGCAUCCUCCAACACGCCCGCCGACAGUCUCCACGCCUCCAGCCACGCCUCACCGCCGGGCACGCUGCGACGUCGACUGUGAAGCUGCGGGUGGAGCCAGCGCACCGCUUAUUUGCGCAGAGACUGCUUGACGCUCCUUCCUGCCAGCACCAGUACCACCACCUGAUCAAAGUCCCCGUCCCCGCCAACCGCCGCCGCAAGCCUCCGCCGCCCCAUACUCCAACGCCCUCGCCUCUGCGCCAGAAUCUGCCUUCUUCAGUGCCCAUGUUGCUGUGUACACAAGGCCAUCGGAAUCAUGCCGAUAUUUCAUGAGCCAGACGAGGGCCGCGCGGAGCGGUCGCCGCCCGCGCAGGUGCCACCGGCGCUGCACCACUUCGAAAGAACAUGGAGACUGAGCAAUGGCUGGGAAAGAUCGCGCUUAGACUGUAUGAGUCCCGGCCCUGCCGCCCCGUCUGUCUCCGGUCCAGAUGUUGAAGCUGCCUCUCCGACUCAGCUGCGUAGCCCCCCGCUGCUGGAUCGAGUCGAGUUGAUAGAGCGUCUGAAAAGAGUUCAGAGCCCGCCCUGGCAGCAUCGGGUCUCUGGCAGACUGCCCGCUGCCGACCUGGUACACCAGGAUGGCCAUCGUGAUGGUGACACUGACUCUCGGCCGACUUCGCAAGAUCGACCCAAGACGCCUCUGCUCUCGCACCCUCGCUACAAGACCUCCCGUCCCUGCACGCCUGAUCCGCUCCGAGACCAUGCUUCAGCAGGCCUGGAGAUAGAACGCCCGCGAUCCGCUUUACACUCUGGAGAUUUCAGGGAGGAAAAGGAGCAACAGCUCCGGCAAGACCACGCGCUGUCUCCUACGUUACCACGAUCUACGUCCCCCGUAGUUCCAUGGCACCACUCAUUUCCGGCCGCUGCCAGACCUCCAAGCCGCCCCGAUGCUACAUCGCCUUUCGAACAAACUCCGACUCCUGAGCAACGCUCCGCUUCCCGAGCCCGUGCAAUAUCACAAGCCUCUUUGAGAUCCUUUGCAUUCUUGCCGCCGACCAGCCCACUUGUGCAGCAAUCCAACAACACCGAUCUCGAUUUUUCUUCCCGACCGGGCUCAAGGCAGUCGUCUAGAAGCCCAGAGCGAAGCAACAGACGCCAUACCUUCUCUCCUCAAUCUUUCGGGGCGUUCAGUUCGAGCAUUGCAGUAGCAUCUGCGUUGGGCACUCCCGCAGCUCGUCAUAUCAGAAAGGGAACGGCAUUGCCAUACCAGGCACACCAGCCAAGGCGGUCGCUCACCUCUCUUCACCAAUUCCAAGCCCACUCGAGUCCACAAACACCUUUGUCAAGACCGCACAGGCCAUCAUUCUCAUCCGAAGCCUCGCCACUGCAUCAUGCGCCCAUGGUAGGCUCCUACGAAGAAUCAAUACUUCGCGGCAGGAUGUCUACAACGCCAUCACGGCCGCUCAACUUCAUCGCUAAGAUUGGUGUUCUUGGUAGAGGCCAGUGCAAGUCCAACCUGAAGUGCCCAGCUCACGUAGCCGUGCCGUUUCCCGCUGUCUUCUACAGCUACAACACUAGCAAUGCACGCAUCUCGGAUGACUCCCCCAGUCCUUAUGUAGGCCUCGUGGACUUGGAAAAUUCGAUCCCCCCUCCGGACGAAUGUUCCGAAACUAUCAGACGCAAGCGGCGCCACACUGUUCCAGAUCCGGGUCAUGAUGAUCUCGAUAUUCGGUUAGGGAACGCGGACGACGCAGGAACCAAACCUCAGAAAGAUGUUCGACGAAACGAGAAGAAAAAGAGACGGUCAACGUCACCCCGAGCCCCACCGGGAGGCAGCUAUCGCAUCCCUCAACAAGGCCAACUGCAGAUUGUCAUCAAGAAUCCCAACAAGACGGCUGUCAAACUCUUUCUAGUCCCAUAUGAUCUUUCUGAUAUGGAAGCGGGCCAGAAAACCUUCAUUCGCCAGCGCAGCUACUCGGCAGGGCCAAUCAUCGACAUGCCGCUUUCUUCUCGUAAAAAUCUGGGUACAGAUCGUCCAGAGGCUGCAUUGAGCAACUCAGACGAUCCCAACGAUCGACCAAUCUUGCGCUAUUUGAUUCACCUGCACAUAUGCUGUCCAUCCAAGGGUCGCUUUUAUCUUUACAAAAGCAUUCGUGUCGUGUUCGCCAAUCGCGUACCCGACGGCAAAGAAAAACUCCGCAACGAGAUCCAGAUGCCGGAGCCACGGUACAGUGUGUACAAACCAACAAGAGACUCUUUGGCAUCCCAGGCAACUUCAUCUGCCGCGGUCCAACUCACAUCGGAAAAGGCCCUGCGUCGAGCCAGUGCAGGAUUGUCACUGUCGCACCAAUCCUUCACCCAGGCAGAAACAAUGGCCCCGAGACAUCCACAGCUUCCCCCGCCAGCCGUGAAGUUCACAGGCGGUCCUUCCCCUAACGCAGAUGUGACUUCUCCCAUGCCAGAUAUGGAGCCGAUUCCGUUCAGCUUGACCCGCACCUCUUCGAUACCUUCUCGACCUGUGUCUCGAGAACUUAUGGACAUCGACGUGGUGAGCCCUUUUAGGUCGCGGGGCGAAUGCGCUUCGCCGAAUGCUGUGGACGCUUCGAAACCACAAAGUCGGGACGAUGAUAACACAGUCUUUGGUAAGCUGAACAGAGGCGACAUAGGCUACGGAGGAAACGCAUUUUGUGGCGUCGGAGGCUCGCCCCUAUCCCCUCGCUCCGGACUACUGGCGAGACGACUUCAGGGGCUCGAUGUUGAACCCGAUGACGACUUUAUGCCCUAGACUACAUUACGACAUUACUCCGCUCUGGCUUUACCUUUGAUCAGGCGUACAUGGGCUGCUAUUUUUCUCUUGGAUAUAAUACCCUCGGCGUUUCCUCUUUGUGUUUUGGGUCACGGCAUAACAAGAGUUUAUCCACCAGGUCCGUGUUUUGUAUAUACCCUCCACUUUGUGCUGGCUAAGUGUCCACACUGGAAUGAUGCACAUAGCCAUUGAACAUGACACAUAUACACAUAUGGUGCACGCAAUGUUGCUGUUUGAAGUGGCCUAUGAAUUAAUC